AUGAAAAGUAUCUUAACAGACAUGUUGCGCAAAGCUGUAUGCUUCACUUAUGCUCUUUUCCUGAUUCAGACAUUCAUUCCUCAGACAGACGGUGCUGGUGAUUCUACAGACUCGAACGGCAUCGAUCUGCAAUUAAGACUUAGUCAACCUACUCUUAUUAGCUCUGCAAGGGUCAGAACAGAUCAAACACAAGUGGGGAAUGAGUUUGUACAGGACCAACAGGGAUCGAAUAACGGAUUGAAUGAAAAUGCUCAAAUUCAAGCAAGAAAGGCAAUCAGAAGAACACGCGAUCGAGACAGAAAACGGCGUCUUAGAAAAGCUAUGAAAGAGAGUGAACCAGACGUUCUUCAACAGUACCUGAAAAAAGAACGUGGAUAUUGUAAAGUAUUCCGAAUGAGAAGAAAAUCCAAUCCUGAAGCUUACGCUGCACAUUUGGAAAAGCAAAGAGAACAUCGCCAAAAGAGAAAAGACGAACAAGAAAAAGAUCCAAAAGCAAAAGAGUUAGCAUUGAUCAAGUCACAGAGCGAAGAAAUCAAUCCAGAUAUCUGGCUCAAUCUUUCUUCGUAUUCCAAACAAGAUUCAGUGAAUCAUAGUAGACCACCAAAGGAAAGAAAUUACCCCGAAAAACCUCAAAAGGAACUAAAUGAUACGGCAACAUCCAAGAUCAUGGCACCUACUGACAAGCAAGAACUAAAAAAAGGCCAAAGUCGAAUAGUUCGUGCUAAAUUCACUGAGGAGGAGAAGCGAGAAAGAAAGCGCUUGUCGAACCGUCGAACUGAAGCAAAACACAAACAAGCUCUGAUAGAAAAGGGUCCUGAAGCGGUAGAAGCUGCAAGAGCUCAGCAAAGGGCAAGAGCGUCGUGCAAAGCUAAAGGAGUACAGGAAGAGAUAUCGUCUCAAAACAAAGCAAGAUCCACAACAAUUAUUUUCAUUGAGGGGAACUUGGUCGAAAGAAUAGUAGAAUUUACAGACAUAAGAAGAAGGAAAGACGAGGAAGUCAACCCAGAUAUAUGGCUGAACCUAUCCUCUUACGAAAGAUCAGGAUCGGUACACAACAGUAACGCUCAAAACUUCGUUGAAGAUACCGCAACCUCCAGAAGAGCACCAGAACUUCUUGAAACUGUUGCUUCAAAAGAAGUUGAGCUGAAAGCUCAGUCCGUUACAAAGAAGCGAAAAAGGCUUAAGAAAAACCAACAAUUUCCCCUGGAAACGGAUCCAAAAGAAAGAGAGCGAAAUAGGAAAAGACAAAAAGGCUAUUGGAAGACGUAUGUCGAGAGUCUUACUUCUGAUCCUAAAAAGCUCGAAAGUCGACGUCAAAAUGUUGAUGAGAAUAGAAGAAGAUCUGAAGCUAAGCUCAGGCUAGACCCAGAAAGGCUUUCGAAAUUCAAAGAACCAGAAUCCGAAGAGCUCGAUAUACACAGUAUGAAGGCAGGACAGCCUCAAUUCGGGUCUGAAAAAGAUGGAGGGGAUCAGAUAAUUAAAAUGAAGACUUAUCUUAGAACCCAACGAGCUCGGUUCAAGCCUCGAAGGUAUGAUUCUUUCGUGAAAAUUUCAACUGAAAACGACGAAAGCAUGCAGGAGAAGAAGGCAGAUGUGUUGGAGCAGCAACCUCCCAGAAAGAGAUUGCGUAAUGAGAAACAACUACAGAGUCAUAGGGAACAAAUGCUCUUCUACCGAAAGAUCAGAAUUGCGGACCCCAAACGGGAAUCUGAAUACAGACAAAAGAGAUCUAAGGACAAGAAAGAAAGGCUUUUACGUAUUCAUCGUGAUCCAAUAGCUUUAGCAAAAGAAAGUGAGAACGGCAAGAUCGACCUAACUUUGAGACUAGGUCUUCCCAGCACCCCUCAAGCAGCAGACUCGGGUAGUCACAUAAACACAAAUGAAGCAACACGCAUAUCUGCUACUGACAUCAUAGCGCGGGAAAAGCGUGAAAAGUAUCUUCUAGGAAAGAGAAUAAGCAACCAACGUGCGAAACAGGCUCUUAUAGAGAAGGGGCCAGAAGCUGUAGCAGCUUUCAAACUUAAGAGUCAAAACAAUUGGAAGAAUUACAAAGCAAGAAAUGCCGCUGAUCCAGAACGAUCCAAAGCUCGUCAUGAAAAGCUACGAGAAUACAAAUCAAACGCAUCAUUAAGGAUUCGAAAAGAUCCGAAACGGUUAUUUAAAGAAAAAGAAAGAUGGCGAAAAAACAGUAGAAAUUAUUAUCAUAGAAAAAUACUCAAAAAUGAUCAAAUAAUUGCCGAAUAAAAGAAAUGAUGAUGUUCCUGUGCUACUUGCGUACGCCACCAGACGGAAUACCAACAUUUAGAAAACGUAAUACACUUGCUGUGUAGUACACACGCAGCUUACAAUGAUACACAAAGC